GGGGAGAGUAGUGACUAGUGAGAGAACGUUCGGGCGAGUGCACCCUGCAAAAAAUCCCACGAGGACGAGUCGGCGACUCGGCGCGAGUUAUAACUCUCUCUCUUUCUCUCUGAGCAGCUCAAAUCUGUUGAAUUUGUCAUUGUUGUCGUUGGGCAGCAUCAAUGGCGGGUGAAUCAUCUCGCAGUAGCGGUAAACGUCCCUUCGUGGAAGAUGCUGACGAUCUCGACAAAAAGCCACCAGCAAAAAGGGUUAGGUUUCCAAAGGGUAAGAAAGUGAAGCCAGGAGAGGAAGUAGUGGUGGAGAAAGCAAAGGCUGAGGAGGAGGAACCAACUGACUUGUUGAACCCCCAAGUUGCUGCCAAAGAGCGCGCCAAACGCAGGAGCCAGAUCACUUCUGAACUCUUUACUGAUGACACUGGAGGCGCCUCAAAUGAUGUAACUGCUGCUGAAGUCACAUAUGAGGAUAAUGAGAAUUUUGUUGAUGAUGGAAUCCAAAUUGAACCCUUCAACCUAGAUAAAGAAAGGGAAGAAGGCUAUUUUGAUGCAGCUGGAAAUUUUGUUGAAUAUGUUAGAGAGAAAGAAAUCAAGGAUGCAUGGCUUGAUAAUGUUGAAGUUGAUCCAAAGUAUGCUGCAUUAAGCUAUGAAGCAACUAAUGAGGAAGAGGAGGUGGAAGACCUUUCUUCUAAAGAUAUUGGAACCAUGAAGAGGCGGAUUGCAAAUGCUCUUGAACCUGGGGAAAUGGUUUUACAAGCCUUGAGAAGGUUAAAAGGUAACAGUGACAGAAAGGCAAAAAUGUCUGCCGAGACUAAGAUUGUGUUUGACCAACUAACUGAGGAUGCGAUGAAGCUGAUGGAGAAUGGUGAAUACAAUGUUUAUCAUGAAAAGAAAGAGGUUUUUGAGCGCGAGGCAGAAGGAUAUGAAAAACUGGCUCGGGCAAAAGGAGUAGGCACAUCUAUGCCUUCCACUGAAGCGAAUACUUCUCUAAAUGGGGAGAAAAGCUUGCUUUCUGAUGACAUGGAUUCUGGUUUGCCCUCUGCAACAUUCUCCACUGCGGCCAUGGGCACAUCAAAUCCAAAUUUAGCUUCUGCCGAAGUCUCUGGCAGUGGUGCAGAUGAUUAUGAUAUGUUUGCUGAUGAUGAGAAUACUACCACUAAGCAUAGCGAUGAAAAUAAUUUAGUUAGUCAACCAUCUACGGAUGCCGUAAAUUCAGGUGGAGCAUUACAAAAUGAUUAUGUGUAUGACGAAUCUUCUGGGUACUACUACAGCAGUAGUUUGGGCUAUUAUUACGACCCAAACUCAGGACUAUAUUGUUCUGCGGUGUCGGGCCAAUGGUAUUCAUUUAAUGAGGAGACUAACACAUAUGACGAAGUUAAGGAGGUUGCAUCCAAUACCAGUUGAUGGACUGUUUCUGCCCAAGUAUUGACUAUUGGAAAUUCGGAAGAAUAUAUCCACCUUCGUUUCCCUGGCCAUAUGUACAGACAGAAGCUUUCUUGAGUUUUUCUUUACCCUUUAGCGUGGGACUUUCUUGUUACUUGGUACUAUGCUUCCCAACAGUGUUUCUCUAUUUAAAGUUGCUUUUGUGCAGAAAAGUCACGUAGAAUUACGACAUAGCUGUUAGACUGAUAGGAGCAAUUACGAUUGCGAGACUUAUGCAGUUUUGCCUUUACAUAAUGAAAAGCACAAUCAUUCAUUAUUCAUAAUGUAUUGGAACAAUAUUUAGCUCA